AAAAAGAAAAGAAGAAGAAGAAGCUAGAGUAGUGUUGACGGUUGAGCAGGUAAAAUAGAAUAGAACAGAGAGAUAUAAAAGGAGGUUUGUUGGAUAUUGGAGCUGGAAAGGUAGGUCUCUAGACCAUAUCAUAUGACCAGGCUUAGUUGGACCCGGCCCCAGAUCAUUUCGACGAACCAGCACCAGCACCAGCAACAGCACCAGCACUAGCACCAGCGCCACCAGUCCCACUUCCAAAUAUACCAUUUGAGAUUUAAUAGGCAAAAUAAAUACCCAAAUACAAACCAUUUAAACACAAACAUCACCAACCAAAAAAAGCUCUUUACCCUAUAGAAUUAGACACACGCACACAACACAUAUAUCUAUCUAUCUAUCUAUAUAUAUAUAUAUAUACUCAGAAACUUUUUUUUUUUUUUUUUCUCUUUUUCAUUUUGUUAAAUAUUAUUCCCCUCUCUGUUAUUGUAUAUUGUGUCUGCAAUUGCAUACCCUUUGUUGUUAUUGUUGUUGUUGUUGUUGUUCUUCUUCUUCUAUGGCUGUUGGUGUUUGUUUUCUCUUGGUUUGCAUCAUCACAGUGUUCUCUUCUCUGCGGUUGGGGUCUUGUUCUUCUUCAUCUUUGUGCCCAAAGGACUCCAAUUUGUUUCUGUAUGCUCUUCAGUCUCAAUGCCCUAUUUCGAUCUCCCCCAACCCACCUCUCCAGGGUUCUGAGAAUUUUGUGCUUGAUCUUGGCUGACUUUUGUUUCUGGGUGGAUGGAGACUUCCUUGAUAGAGCAUUGGCUUCCAAGUGGAGAAAUGAGUAUAUUGUUGUACUCUUCCAUGCUUCCUGGUGUCCAUUCUCACGCAGUGUGCUUCCUUCAUUUGAAACCCUCAAUUCCAUGUUUCCUCAAAUAGAACACAUGACAAUUGAGCAAUCUUCAGCCAUGCCAAGCAUAUUUUCAAGAUAUGGAAUCCAUAGCUUACCUUCCAUAUUAAUGGUGAACCGGACAUCAAGGGUGCGAUAUCGUGGUCCGAAAAAUCUCAUUUCCCUUGUACAAUUUUAUAAGAAGACCACAGGUCUUGAACCAGUUCAAUAUUUUUCUGAAAAUCAACCAAUCAGCUUGGAGGGUGGUGAAAAAUCCAUUUUCCAGUCCUUGAAUAGUUUGUUACUGAAAGAGAUCUCAAAGAGGGAACCCUACUUAGUCUUCUCCAUAUUGUUCAUCUGCUUCAGGCUACUUGUACACAUAUUGCCUGAGGUGUUAUCUUGUCUCAAAGCUUUUUGGGUCUCAUAUGUUCCUCAUCUGAACUUGGACAUUUUUGGAGAGACAAGCCAAGUAAUGGGACGUAUCCUUAACAUGAUUGAUGUGAGGAGGGUCUGGACCAAGCUCAGGCUAAGCAAGACCAGGAACUUCCAGGAAGGUGCAAAGAAUGCUCGAGUAUGGGCUUCUUCUUUGGCUUCUGUUGCUUUGGGUGAAUCUUCAUCAGCCAGAUCAUCAUCUUGAACUGUAACUUACAGUCUCGUUUAAAUCAAAUUGAGGGUAGCUCAGAGCUUAUUGAUCAAAUAGUAUAUUGUAAACUGCUGUGAUGCUCUGGGGCAGGUUGUCUACUCCCCCAAAGUUUCGUCUUUGGUGAUAUAGCUGAAGCUGUUGUACUUUUUUUUUUUUUUUUGGUAGGAAGAAAACAAGCAUGUAAAUUUGAGAACAGCUUUCUUUUUGUAUAAAUUAUGUCACUUGGAGAAACAUCUCUACUUCACAUUGGUGGAAUGUAAGCAUAUUAACACCUCUCUGUUACUUGGAGGAACAUCUCUCUUUAUACAUCGAUGGAAUUUAUACA